GCGCGCUUGAGCCUUGCUGGAACUCAGGAGGACUCGUUCCCGUUCUCGUUUACAACCCCCCCCCCCCCGCGCGGGACAAAAAAGGGGGUUGUAAUUUGGGUCUUCUUUUCGUGGCCGGCUCCUUUUACCUCUUUAUUGCAUCUCAUUUUCUUAUUUCCCAAAUUUUGCGUCUGUGUCGCACUACGAACAUCAUUUUCUCCUUGUCCAUUUACCCUUUAUCCGUUUUCUGCCUUCGCAGAUGUUUUCUGGGGUACAUCAUUUAUUUUGCUAUGAGCCAGCCCUAUUAUUUUUCAAAAAUUAUUCCCCUCAAAAAUUAUCCCCCCUUUACACGCAACAUCAUUUUUGUAGCCUUCAUUUCAAGCGCGUCGAUAUAUUUUUUUCGUGGGAUAUUUUUCCUUCUUUUUCUUAUUCGUCGAUGACCUCUUCCCCCGCUCCUCUCCGCCCCCCAAAUGAAAGAAGAAAAAGAAAAAAACACCUCGAGAGAUUUGCCCAUUUCACAAAGCGGCCAUGUUAAGGCGUACAUAUUAAACGAUUGUGUUUUACUUGUCUGUUUCUUGGCGUGGGAAAAAUGGGCCUCUGCAGGAUACGUAUACGAGAAGGAUGAUCAGGAAUCUUCUCGUGCUGGAUUCAUGGAUAUUUUCUUGUUUUUUCGUGCGCCUUUUAUUAUUUUCUGCUGCAAGGUUCGGUGUUUUUUUUUUUAUUUCACUUGUUUUGCUUGCUAAUUUUGUGGCCAUAUCUGUCUCUAUCUCUCCAGUUGUAUUCCCCUCCAGCAUUUGCGUUCUUACUACUCAUGUCUCCCCUGCUGGUUGGCAUCCUAUUUAUUUAUCAUUGCCUCAUUCAUCUUGUCCAGCUUCUUUUAUUACAUCUUUAAAAAAUCAUUAUUUAUACAAUGCGCUACACAAACUUUUGUUCCACACCCUUUGAACCUUUCUAUACCAUACCUGCACACGCGGCGCCCCUUUCAUUUUCAAUUUCUAAAAAAUUUCCUCUUCCCCUGCCCUUCUAUUUAUGGAGUCAAAUUCUCACCAAUGGCAUGAUUAUCAUAUCAUCUCCCAUCAGCAAGUGAUUACUCUUCCAAAUGAAACAGAGAGAUAUGGAUACUUGUUGGAUUGUUCCUUUUUUUCUGACUGAUUUCACUUUAUUCACAAUAACUUAUUUUCCCCUUCAGCAUAGCUAGGCUUAUAGUCAAAGAUCUACACAGAGACGCGGGUCGCUGAAACAUUUUACGUUUGCUUUAUUGCCAUUGGUCUUCUUCUUUUCAGCUUCACUUUCAUCAUCCUCCGUAUCGAUUUUUGGCUCCCUUAUAAUGAAUUUCGAGAUCCAUAUCCAUCGGUGUACACUUUGGUGCGACCUCGCCGCUAAUGAAAAUUGCGCUAGUCCUCUUUCGAACUGCUUCCACGUGAUCACCUCAACUGGAGAAAAAAAAUUGCUUCAAACAAUUUCCACCAGUCCACUACAUCUCCAAUCUCCAAUUCUACCCUCAACCAACUUGUUCAGGCAGCCAUUGAACCUCCCAAUCAUUCAUUUUACAUAUCCUCAAUUGGCUGCCUUAACCCCUCUCUACCCAUUUUUCCCGCCCAGUUUUCACCCCUUUUGUUGUAGAACGCUCCAUCCAACCUCUUCUUACACUCACUCACAUACACACAUCAACACACAAGAUGCCUCCUCGGCUAGGAGGCCUGCGACGGCUGUCUUGCAGUCUUACAUCCAAUCCCUCACCUUCUCAAUCAUCAGCCCCCUUGUGCCUCUCCUUCACCCUCCUCCUAUCCUCAUCAUCCACCACCGCCCCUUCCCAACGCCGACUACAACAUGACGCCGCCGCUGCUCCAACGCCCGCUGAGCCCCAGAACGACAAAGAUGAAGAAAAGCGGCGAAAAGUGCAUAUGUGGCUAAAGGGCCCGGGUGCGGUGUUUAAGAACCCAAAACCGGGCAGCACAAACUAUAUCAGCGCCUAUAACAACAAUGGCAUGUUGAUCCGCUCCAAGGAGGGCGGCAAAGACACAGAUGCGGAAACGCUGGAAGACCUUAGACCAUUCCCGCUUAAUCCGACGUUUGUGAGCGAGUCAGUUCUCAGUGAGGAUUUAAGGAAUGAGAUUCAUAGACAGGUUGUCGAAUAUGGGAAGUCGCCUAGAGAAGUUAGUGUUAUGCAUGGGGUGGAUUUGAAAAGAGUUGCAGCUGUGGUUAGGUUGGUGGAGCUGGAGAAGAAAUGGGUUGCAGAGAACAAACCUCGCGCAAUCCCGUACGCUCGGGCUGUACAUCAGAUGAUCCCUACGACACCCUUAAAAAAAUACCCUGAGCGGCCUGUUCCCCACGAAUCCAUAAACGAUCUCCCUGUCCACCGUCUCACAGAAGCUCAAAUUUUCCACCCAGUCUCAGAAUCCCGACAAUUCACCCGCGUCGACGCAGGGCGCGUCUUCUCCGCCGCACCCGCCCUCCCCCACGCCUCCGCCAACACCCCACAUAAUACCCCAGAAGCCAUCGAAAAAGUAACUCACAACCCCCACAUGAUCGAAAAACUUGGCAAACCCAACAACGAAGAAGAAGUCCUCCAACCCGCAGACUACCGAAUCCCACACCCUCACCUUGUCGCCUUCGCGCACGACAGGUUCCAGAGACCCGGCGAGUACCGGGAGCACAAGAAGCGGUUUGCGGAGCGGAUUGAGAGGGAAGCGGCUGCCAUGCGGAAGCGGCAGGAAGUUGCAAAGGCGAAGGAAGAGGCAAAGAUGACCCGAAUCCAGCCGGAGGGUAGCCGCUUUGAGUUCCGGUUCAGAGACGUGGUGGUAUCUCGCGAGACGACUGGGAUGGAUGGUCGUGGAACGAGCGCGCCUGGUCGUCGGUAUGGUGUGCCUAGUUAUGAGAGGAAGAGGGGGGCUAUAAAGAUACCCACCAAAGUGGAGGUUUAAAUGCCGGGGAAUUUCGAUCCAGGCCUCUCUUUUUUUUUUUUUUUUUUUUUUUUUUUUUUUUUUUUUUCAUUGUAUAACUCAUUUUAUGUAUUAUGCAAUUGUGUGUGCGCAGCUGCGCUGUACUGUGUACAAUAAAUACCUCUAUUCCCCCUUCUUGUUUUCAUUGGGCAACACACAGGAUUGGACUGGCUGGGAGGUGAUUAGGAUAUCAUUUUAUUAUUAUUAUUAUCAUCAUAGUUUCUACAUCUGUCAUGAGCCAUAGAGUUCAAGAAGAUGAUCAAAGCCCCGCUAACCCUCCUCCUCACUUGCAUGUAUGUACGAUGAUCCUGCUCGAUUCGACUUUUGCUUCAAGUCGAAUUGCUUUGCUGCUUGAAGGGUAGUAGUAGGUAGAAAGAUGAGCAUGGCAGGCAUAUAGAAGGGAAUAAUCAGGAACCAAAUGGAAAGGGGAAAAAAAAGUGCGCAGCAAAUCUAUCUACACUUCUUGUUGUUUGAGUGAUUGCCAGAGAAGGAAUCGGAAAGAAAAGAGAGAAGAAGAAAAGAGAGAGCAAGAGAAACUUGAAAGAGUUGUUGUAUAUGGUUCUUUUAGGCAAACGCAAAGCAGAACAGACAAGAGAAAAAAGAAAGAGAAAGAGAAAAGAGAAUAUAAACAACUAACAAUAAGAAACUCCUACCAACAAUAGUAAUAUAUAACGAUCAAAUAUUCCCAAGCCAUAUGUAUAUAAAAGAAAAAGAAAAGAAAAAGAAAACAGAA